AUGGUGCUCGACUCCAGCGCUUCUACGGGCUCCCGUGAGCAUCGUGAGAAAUUGGCAGUCGUACUUUCGCAACGUUCCGCGGUGGUCGGUUUUGUGCUUGUUGUGUGA